AUGUCCCUUUACAAUGCCGCAAGAUCAGGAACCCUCAAUAACCUACAGUUACUGCUCAGCAAGGAUGCGGACGUGAAUGUUCAAGGUGGGGAAUACGGGACCCCUUUACAAGUUGCCGCUUCAACACACAAUUACGAGAUAGUCAAGCUACUCCUUGCUCAUGGAGCCGAUGUUAACGCUCACGAAGGAAUCCUCGGGAGCGCACUUCAGGUUGCCGCUUACAAUGGCAAUGCCGAUAUCGCCAGGCUCCUUCUUGAUAACAACGCCAAUGUCAACGUCCAGAGCAACACCAGAUUUGGCACCGCGCUCCAAGCGGCAGCUUAUGAGGGGAGGGAAGAGGUGGUCAGCUUACUGUUAUCUCGCGAAGCCGAUGUUAAUAUUCAAGGUGGCGUGCAUGGGUCCGCUCUGCAAGCUGCCGCAUACACCGACCGUCGAUCUAUUGUCAAGUUGUUACUUGCAAAUGGUGCCGAUGUCAAUUUGCAGUCCGGCUUUCUAGGCAAUGCACUGCAAGCUGCAGUCUACGGGAAAAGUCUAGAGCUUGUCCAACUCUUACUGGCCUCUGAUGCUCGAGUCAAUGCUCAGGGUGGAGAAUUCGGUACGCCUUUGCAGGCCGCUGCUUACAAGGGCAGUCUCCCCAUAAUCACCCUACUUCUGGACCACGGUUCCGACGUCAACCUUCAGGGCGGGAAAUUUGGAACCGCUCUGCAAGCUGCUACAUAUCAGGGGAAUACGCAGAUUGUGGAGUUACUGCUGAAGCAUGGGGCUAGCGUGAAUAUUCAAGGCGGACAAUAUGGUAAUGCUCUUCAGGCGGCAGUUUGUCGAGGAAGCCCUAGAUUGAUGAGCCUACUUAUCAGCAAAGGGGCUGAUCUCAACGCUCAGGGUGGUGAGCACGGGAGCGCGCUACAGGCGGCAAUAUACAUGAAAAGAAGGGAUGCGGUUAAGCUACUUCUUGAGAGGGGCGCCAGACUCGAUCAACCUGCGAAUUCAAAUGGGUCGUCGUUGGUUCACCUUGCCGUAACAGCUCAAGAUCUCGAUGUUCUCAAAAUGCUCAUUGACUUCGGCGCCGCAGCCCAUAUGGCAGAAGUGGAUGCAUUCGGACAAACGCCAAUUCAUCUUGCAGCCAUGACCGACGAUAUACACACAGUUCAAUUAUUGUCCGGCUCCUCCGUCCAGAUAGACAUAAACAUUGGCGAUAUUGACGGAUGCACAGCACUGCACCGUGCUGUUGAAAAUGGCGCGGUACGUGUCGCCGAGUGGCUUCUGGCCAGGGGAGCUCGGACUUCGAUUGAGGACUAUACCACGGCGACACCCUUUCAACGGGCAGCCAAAAUGAGAAACUUCAAUAUGAUGAAACUACUAUUUCCGCAUACGACAGGUGGGUUAGUGAAGGCUUCAGAAUGGAGAGCAUGUUUGCCGGAGGGUGGGCGUCGCAACAUCAUUCUCUCGAGAUUUGAGUCAGGACUCCAGUCCGCCGAGGUUAUGAGUGCAAAGGAGCUCCUUGCCUAUCUCGAGACAAAAUCGUACCCUUUGGACUUCUUCAGGACCAAGAUUCGAGCUGACAAGGGAGGCGAAUGUAUUGCAACAGUCGGCGCUGAGAAAAUGAUAAUUCUCCUUGAAGACGACAGCCUUCUCAAAACAUCAACCUCUCCCGACGGCGUAUAUUGGCGAUGGUGGAGGAAGAUGAUGGAAAAGUCCGGGAGCGGCCUUCAUAGCAUCUUCGAAGGCUGGUCAUGGAAGAUACAAAUGAGCAAGAUUCCAGCAGCCGUCGCAUUACGCCAGCCGCCGCCGGAAGAUUGCUUCCUAGAGUGCCGCGUGCUUCUCCCAGCGUACAGGGUCCUUCCUCCAUCCACUCGUCUCUCACCACUCGCAGCCCAGCCAAUACGCCAUGCGAUGAUAUGGAUCAUGGCCAAGCCCAAUCAGCAAUAUCCGCACUCCCAGCACGUUCUCAAAUCCAAAGUAUUCUUCACAACAUUUGAGCAUGCGGAGAUUCCAGAUUCACCAGUCAAGCUUUUUCUGCCAUGCAUUCGGCAACUGGAGACUGAGUGGAAUAGCAUUUGCGGUGCGGGCGAACGCCAUCUCUCGCAUAUGCGCACAAUGACAUUCCAUUCGAAUGGGAGAAACAACAAUCUUGUCAAGAUACACCUGAGCGACGCGGAAAUGUGGACCAGGUUUAACGAAACACAUCUAGCGCAGAUGAGGUAUCUACGAUCGUUAACUGAUAGUUAUGAUCGGUGGCCUGUUCUGCAGGAAGGAGCGGUUUCGUGGUUAUCGUGGAAGCGCGAGAAUUUGACCAGCGAGAUAGAGAAUGCCGAGACAAGAGUUAGAGAGCGAAUUGCUCGGUUGACGAAGAUAUCACAGGAGCUUAUACAAUUGGAGUUCAACUUGACUUCAAUCGCCGAAGCACAAAAGUCGACAUCUGCGAAUCGAAGUCUGAAACGUCUGAGCUGGAUCACAUUCAUAUUUCUGCCCCUUAUGUUUAUUUCCAGCCUGUUCGGAAUGAACGUCGACAUACUCGAAUCCAACCCACCAUGGUGGCUCUAUAUUCCGCUAGCAGGUGGCACAAUCGUCCUGACAAUGACAGUAUGGAUGAUAUUCAAGCGCGAUUCCUCGAAGAUAGGAUUGAACGCCGCUUCGAGUCUCUGUUUACUCGGCAGGCAUUGGCCGACGAAGAAUCGUUACCAGUCAGGCAUAAUCUUGAUGGAAUUAGAAUAG